UUUAGGAACAACAACAACAAAAAAAAAAACAUGACCUGGCCUCACUAAAUUCACUAAAUCCCAAACUGAUCUAGUGUCUGUGGGAUGAUCCUCCACUCCCCCCACUAACAACAUCAUGUUGUGAGUGUGACCUUGUCGACAUAUUUGCAGUGUGUUGGUCAUAGAUGUUUGACGUCUCUCUGUCUGUGACUGACUGAGAAGAUGUUUUGUGUCGUACAGACUCGAGCAUCCGUCCCCGUUUUGUCUCAGCUUUGCCGAUGUCGCCCCCUCACGUGUGAGUUCACGUCACAGCUGGUUAGGCAGCCGGCCGUCCCUCUCCUCCUUUCCUUUCAGCGCCCCGAUCAAUAAUUCACUGGGCCCGGCCGUAUCGAUGGCACCCGCUCGCUCCCUUUUCUUCUUUUUCCCAAACUCGCUGGCUCGUCCUUUCCGCGAAAAAAAAACUGCUGCUGACGAGGCCGGUGAAAGAGCUCGUUAACGGACGACUUCAAAAGGCCGGAGACGGGAACGCGGCAUCAUUCUCAGAGACAGGUGUUAUCGGCGGUCGGAGCCGUAGGACUCACAUCGGAGGUGACUUUCACUCCUUAAAGGCGCCGACACCGGGAGGAGGCCUGAGGAAACUCACUCCCAAGUUUUAAUGGGAACACAGAGUUUUUGCGCAAGUUUGCUCUGACAAUAUUAUUUCAAGGCUUUUUUUUAUUUUGUGUCUGAAUUUAACAUCAUCUUAGAAGUCGACCAUCAUGGCAGGAGUCAGCAGUGACCAUCUGCACAAAUCAACUUUAGCCGUCUACUCGAACUUGAUGGAGCACUUCAACCCCGGCCUCCAGAAGCUCGUUGCCCUGGGGAACAGCUACGUAAACGCUUUCCAAGCGUUAGCAGUUUGCAGUGAAGCCUACUUCAGCGCCGUGGCAAAGAUGGGCGACCAGGCCCUUCACACACUCUCCUCUCGCUCCUUUGGAGACGUCCUGAUCCAGAUCUCAGAAACUCAGAGGAGACUCACAGCAGAGAUGGAGGGAGUGUUUCGAUGGUUCCAGAUAGAAGUGUUGCAAGCGAUGGAGAAGAACAUCAAGCUGGACGAGGAGUACAUCGAGGGGAGUCGCAGGGUGUACGAGCUGGAGGUGAGGAACCAGGCGGAGGCUUUAGAGAAACAGCUCAGACGAGGAACAUUCAGAGACUCUCUGGAGAGUAGUGAGUACAUGGUGUAUCUGAGGCAGAGCCAGCAGGAGAUCCUGAAGGAGGAGGAGAGGAGGUAUCGCUUCCUGGCAGAGAAACACUGCGGCCUCACCCAGUCGCUGCUGUUCCUCAUAAACAAGACCGGCGCGUCUCUUCAGCAGAAGGCGGACGGAUGGAAGGACAAAGUGAACGAGACCCGCGGCUCCAGGUCCCGGACGCCCACUCACUCAGACCAAGAGGCGCAGCUUCGAGGCUCGGUGAGUUCCCUGCUGCAGACGGUGGCCAGAGACGAGGACAUGUCCUGGGCCAGGAGGGAGCAGCAGGCGCUGGGAGGAGUUCCCUCCAGAGCACCGUCUCCCCUCCCGAGUCGCUCUCGCUCCAGUUCGGUCGGAGAAUCUCUGGGUCUCGGAGGAGGCAGAGCCAUGAGAGCCCUGGUCUCUCACCCGUCCUCGUCCAACCCCAAGCUCCUGCCCUUCAACAGGGGAGAGACCGUCACCGUGCUGGUUCAGGAGCCGCGUAACGGCUGGUUGUACGGCCGCACGGACAGCAGCCUGCGUCAGGGCUGGUUCCCCGCUGCGUACGUGGCACCUGUCGAGGAUUUAUCCAACACAUUAACAGCAGGUGGAGUUUCUCUGAGGCGCCACAGUGUGAACAACCUGCCCGACUCCAGCGACACCUACGCCGUGCAGGCGGAGAGCAAGAGCUACGGCGAUAUCCCUCCGCCGGCCACGCCCGCCCGCCGGGCCUCCGUGGACCUGCGGCCCAACUCUCCGCUCCCCGAGAAGAGGGCGGAGCCGCACGCGGACGCGAAGCCCAAUCAGGCGAAGGGCCACAACGAAAACCCACCUCCGCCUCCCGCCCCUCCACCACCGCCACCACCACCUCCACCUCCUCCUGCUCCUCCACAAAGCCUGAACCUCAGAAGGGCGUCGGUGGAUUAUCGGCCGGCCUCUCCCCUCCCCGACAAGAAGGGCGACUCGGCGUCUGACGUCCAGGCGUUAUCACCUCACGGGCCGCCGGAAAACCCACUGUUUCCCAGAGGCACGAACCCCUUCGCCACCGUAAAGCUUCGCCCCACAACCACCAACGACAGAUCUGCUCCUCGGAUCCCCUGAUCCAGUCACACUCCUGGGGGAGGACGGGGGGGAGAGAGGGGGGAGGAUACACUUCUUCUUUGUUUGUUUUUUGUAUCAGAAGUGCACAAUGACAUCUCUGAAAUGAGAAGGACCUGGAGCCAGGAGGCAGUUUUGUACAGCGUUAGAUGAGAUGAGUCACUUCUCGUACUAAACUAAAACAUUUGUUUGAAUGACACUUUGUACAGGAUUUAAGUUUUUACUUUAAUAGAUGUUGUUUUCUUAUAGUCAGAGGAGUAAAGAGCAAAACAUCUUGUAGAUUUUGUUACCUCUUCGUGAAGCCUGAUGUUUUAAAUGUUUUUAUGCUCCACAUGUGCUAUCGACUUUCUCUUUUAAACGCAGGCAAGAAAAAAAAGAAAAAAAACACAUUUCCCCAAAAUGUUGACUGUGUAUUUGUAAUGACUGUCCCAGUGUGUGAUGCUUUGAGGUGGAUGUUGUGCGUUCUCUGUGAGUAACAAUAAGUAAAGAGACGGUUACUCAA